AUGGUAGGACAGAGUGAUUGUCCACCAUCUGCUCUAUCAACUAUCCACACCUGCGCGUCCCGAGGCGAAGAUCAGCAGGAGUGCUGCGAAAGGGCUGGAAUACCCACACUUUGCGUUCGCUACUGCAAUCCUUCGGCGACACCGAUGAACACGACAUCGCGAUUCCCGUGCCUUCUCUAUUUGGACAAAAUGAAAGAAUGCUUUUUCAAAAAAUCAACAGAUGAGUUGGAGAAGUUCGAACCACCUAUACAAUGCCUCAAUUCUGGAGUCUGUGGAGGUAAUGGUGGUUAUUGCGCACCUCCUGCACCCCUGCCAUGCCAACCGUCAUCCUGUCAGCCAGGAUAUACCUGUGGCCAAUAUGGCUGUGCUCGGAAUCGUGCUCGGAGUGCCUUGACGAAGAAAAUCAGCGGCAUAUUCGUUGACGAUCAGUCAACAACGCCAUUGCCAAAAAAGAGCGAUGAUGGUAGCCGGGAAAGGAACAUAUACGGACUCAGCCGUGGGGUCACUAGACCACCCCCCACGUUUACAUCUGCAGAGCGCGAACAAGGCGAUAAUGUCACCAUAAAUAAGCUGACGAAUCCCAAUUUCAUCUUCCGACAAUGUUGCGAACAGAGAGGACUUCCUGAUUCCUGCCUUAACAAGUGCCAUUUCAAUACCUACACUCGUGAUGCACUGCAAGCGAUGUAUUUUAAAACGGAUCCAUGCCCCAUUGAAGCAACUGCCGACAUGCACUUUUGCGCUGCUCAAGGACGAGAUCAUAGAGAGUGUUGCCGCCGAAACGGAGUCACAACUACGCUUGCGGGCGAAAAGUGCCUCACAUUUUGCGAUCAACGACCAGACAGAAUAACAAAGCUAGACUACUCAUACGUGCCGUGCUACGAUCGCUUCGAACAGAUGAAGCAGUGCUUCUACAACGAAAUUCGCGAGAAGGUCUCACGGCAGUUUGGAACACGAUAG